AUGGCGGGCGGCGGGGCCUGGCGGCCCAGCCCGGCGCCUCUUUGCCCGCAGCCGCCGCGGUCUUGCGAAGACUACUGGUGGGAGUGGAAGCACUGCCGCGGGUUGCGACACGCCUUCCACCACUACUAUGCGCACGGGGAGCUGCCGGUGUGCGACCGCUGGCGGGAGGAUUACGAGGCCUGCCACGCCUGGGAGAAAGACCGCUCCGCCGCUGCCCAGGAAGCUUUGUGCAAGAGUGAAAGAGCUCGGGUUAUGGAAAAACAGAAAUAUGCUCCAGUGUGGACACUCAGGAAGAAGCCACCACCUGACUGGUACCUUCCACUUGACCAAGAGAAACCGAAUUAGCAACGCUGUUUUGCUGUGUUUGGUCAGUAAUGUAAUACAGAGUGCAGAGCUAUGCUGGAGUUUCUCUCUCGUGUCAUCUUGAAAUGAUACAGACUUCCAGUUUGUGUAAACACCCAGUAUUUUUAAAGGGAAAACUGAGGUACUUGGUUUGAUUCUGGCCUCUUACUAUUAUCUUACACUUCAGGACUUCACCUCUGCAACUUGAUAGGCAACUCCCAAAUUAGUGCAUACCUGAUCUAGCUCUUCUUGCUAGACAAGGACCUCUUCCCCGGUGUUACACACUUUUGGAACAAGGUACCCACCCCAGGCCUGCCAAAUGGGAAAACAAAAGCAAGCUGGGACUCUUGACAGUUCAGUAUAGUCACAACCACUGGCAUUUAAAAUGCACUUUCCAGAUUCAGUAUUGUUGCGGGUUAAGAGCUUCUCAACUGGUGGGACGAUGUUGCAGACCCUGGAACUGCAACCCUGCCCCUUUGCGGAACUGCUUUCAAACUGUGGUGUGUAUUGAUGGCAGUAUUCAAAAUGAUGGCACCAAAAUAAAGGUUUAAAGUAAUGAAAGAGAGACCUGGUUUGGUUUAGAGUAAACCCUUAUACUUGGUUACAAGUUACAGUAGCUACAUGGCACUAUUAAAAAAAC